GUCAGUCACAGCAAUGCACAGUUAUUUUCACUGCCCGAUGUCUUCCUCAAUGCCCUGGAGGCGUCUCUGCAGUGCCAGUAUCGACUGCUGUAGGGUGGCCUGCAAGACAAAAAGAGAGAACUCCCAUCCGCCAACCAUGCCCUCCCUCCCAUUCCGAUCAUCCUCAGGAUACUUACGUUCUCAUUUCUGAGUGUCUUGAGCUGCUCAUGGAGCUUCAGAUUCUCCUGUCAUUGGUCCCCAGACACACCACAGCAGUGGAUAGAUGACAGACAGCAGCAGUCGAUGAAUGAAUCCCCCAGCCCCUUCGACUCGUUGACUGACAUACUUACGUUUCUCUGUGCGACGAAGAACUUCUUGAGUUCGCCCUUGCUGUUGUCGAAGUGCUCCAAUACCUGCACACAGAUGCAUCCGCAGCGAAAAUGGAUGGACACGAAGAAGGCCAGCUCAUGACAGGGCUUCUCUGACCUCUUCUUUCAGCUUCUCGAGCAUCUCUGCCACGUUGGUAUCGCCAUGCAUGCCCUUGACCAUGCGCAGCCCCUCGAGCUCCCGCUGGGCUUUCCUCAGGUCGUUUUCGAUGAGGGCCUCCAGCUCACGAAUCCGCUGCUUCAAGCCGCUGCCUGUCGUAGGGGUCAUCAGGGUCUGACGCUCACGAGUAGCGGUGUCCAUCGGGGCGGCCUCGGAAGCCAUCCUGCAACGAACAAACAGUGGAUCGAGAGUGGGGGAGGGUAAACGGUUGCUGCCUUACCUUGGGGGAGAGCAAUCACUAGCAGGAAGCAGAAAUGUGCAAGCUUGUGGGGGCAGAGUUGGGGCGAUGUUGCGCGCUCAAAAGAUGGUGCAUGUGAUUUUUGAGCGGCGCACGUAAUCGACAGAACCCAACAGGAGGAUUCUAUCAU